GUGGUGCAAAGGGAGAUUUAACUCACGUUUACAACAGGGUUAAACUAAACAAAGAUCAUUUUCUCAAAUCCUUGGUGAAAAUAAAACGUUCGAGCUCCACCGACGCACAGCCAAUCCAAGACAGCAAAACAAAGUAAAGAAACUCUAAGAGCGAAACUGGGCACCAGGGCCUUCGCGGUUUAAGCCCGCGAAGACUCGUCAAUAAGGAAGUAAUUCCUUAGCAUGCUUCCUGCAAAAAUUAAGAGUCGUUCACUUGUGUUUUCAAUCCUUCUUUCUUAGAAUGGCACAAGGAGGAAGAGAUAUAAUGAGUUCUGCGUCGAAAAUUACACAACAAGCCCCUGGACGUCCGUCCGUGACAACUGGAAGUGCGUGGAUUUUAAAUGGACCCUUUCCGAUUGACGACGGUAAUCUUUACCAAACAUCUGAACAAAAACCGAUCAACCAAACGUUCCUGGCUACUACAAACCAAGUGAUGAGACCAAGAGGGGGCAAAACAAGUUGGCAAGCUAAAUUUGCCCCGCGUAAAUGGCUUGGUAAGUUCAAAACCGACGAGUGUUACAGCAUAGAGAGUGAUGCAUUUUAUGAAGUCCCAGUUUCUGCUGGCAACACCAAGUUAAUCCUGAUACCAACAGAAUAUUUGCACGAUCAGAAAACUCUUUCAAGGUGGCGAGAUAACAAAUUCCAGUCCAAACGUUCCCUGCCUUGUAGUCAAGAGGAGAAAGUGUCACAGUUUGAUAGAGCUGAUGCGAAACCAGAUGAGCUCUACUGUGACGUGCUAACCGUCCAGUUUUCUCGGAAGCGUUACCUCUUCUGCGUAGAUGAUCACGAGUCCUAUUUUUUGGAAUCCAAGAGAGACGAAGUUCAACUAAGAAAUUUGAAAGAUUUUCAGCCGAAUGAAAUUCCAAAGGGUGCAAUCAUCCUCGACAAAAACGAGUGCGGCGUAGGAUUGUUGGCCUUUGACGACAAGGAAGAUAUUCGUCCAUUAUUUUUCCCCCAAAACUUGCUUGGUAAGUAUUCUCCAUUUGAUUCUGGGAUUAACUUUGUAACCUUGUCUUUUGAAGCAAGAUUAUAACCCCGCUGCUCGUGUGCAGUAUGAAGAUCCUAAAGCACCUUGCUCUGAUCAAUCUAACUAAGUUGAUCUAACGAAGUUUGCAGCCUGGGGUGUAUAUUAGGUGGGACACUGAAUGAGACUAUUACAUUUCAAGAGUAAAUUUACAAACCAUCUAAUUCAACAUGCACAACCAACAUUUUGAAGUUAUUAAGUGACUCAGGAAUACUUCUGAUCAUUUGGAUAACUUUUCCCAUGUUAAAUGCCUAGUAACGAUGGCAUAGUUUUCCCGAUUUCAAUACAAGAUGAGCCAUGUGUGUAAGAAACAGAAAUAACCUUUUCUUGCCUCGUAAAGAACCAGUUUAUCCAUAUAUUGAUAUUCAACAAUCCAAUCUUCAUAUCCAUGACAUAAUUUAAAAGUUAAAGGAUCCAGUUUUUAAGGGUUUUUUUUUUAUUUUUAAUUCUCCCAUGUGUGAAGUAUUUCCUGUAAUGCAACCACAUGGGUGUUUGCAAUGGGCAAAUAAUGGAAAUUUUGACUGAGAAAGUGACCCUACAAAGUAAAAUUGGUACGUAAGAGCAGUUAACAGAAAAUAUGCACAGGAUACUUCGUCUUACAGGUUUAGCUGUUCUAAUUUUAUUUUUGGUUAUCAGAUUUUUACUUACACUUAACAACUUUGUAGAUUCCAAUGAGCAACUUCCUGUCAGUGGUUCAUCUAAUAAUAAUCCAAACCAGCCUGAAGGAAACUUGUUCUUAAAGGAAGACAAUCUUGAAGGUUCAGAUAAAUAUGGUAAAGAUCAGGCAGAAGGUCAGUUGGAAAGAGAAACGCCCAAAACAUCAGAGCGCCAAGAAUAUGAAAGACAGGGUAAGAAUAUCUUUUUUCAAUAUUAUCUACCCUUGUCUGACCUGCCACAAAAAAUACCUUUUAAAAUCCAAUUCUUUCACUUUUCUUCAGUUUCUCCUUUCACCUUGCUCCAGCCCCAACUUUCCUAGCUUCUCUGAAACUUCUGCCAGGUUUUCUUGGCCUCAUAGAAAUUUUGUCUCAUCAAAAUAAUUUCACAUGACCUCAAAUUGCUAUUGAGUAACUUAUUACUACAUGAUGAAUGCGACUUAAUAACUAAUACUUACAAACAUAAGUUAAUAAUUUGUGAUUGUGACAAAGUAACUGGAAAUGGAGCGCUUGUAACUGAUGACAGUAUAUAAGAAAUUUUUGAUUACCACUUUACAUCUAGGGAUGGGCACAUUUAACUUACCAUCCCAAGUUACUGAAGUUUUGAUGACACAAGUAAUGUAUCCUAUAUAAGCCACCUGCAUGCUGGUUAAACUGGAUUUUACUCUGGAUAAACCCAGCAUAGUUUUACAUGAAGACAAAAAAACAAAAUAGCAAAACCACACACACGCAAAACAUGCCUUCUUAAAAUCACAAUGAAAAUAUCUCAUUUGCUUUCUUUUCCCUUGAAUGUAAAAUUUUUAUAUAUCUCUCUGUUACUGACCUCGUAUUUAAAGUCUGCCAACCCAAAGCUGUUCAUUAUAGCAAGAAUUUGAGUUAUGUUUGCAUCGCAUACAAAUUUCACAUUAUUAUUAUUAUUAAGAAAUGUUAUGAAAUAACUUCCUUGAGAGGAUAUCAUUACUUUCAUCUACAGGAAGAUUACAAAACACAUAAUCCAUACAAUUUAUGUUGCAAAUAUCACCAAUUGAAAGUAAUUUUACUUUGUCAAUCCCAUUCACUUGCACAAGCUUUUUGCCACAAUGCAAAUUCUCCUGAGAAUGAGAAACAAGAGGGCAAUGCUGAAAACAACCAAGGACAACCAAGAGGUUGUGGGAAUGGGAAGGAGGAAAAGCCUCAGUUACGCAAACACCAGCAUCAGGCAGAACAAUGUUCAGCGCUGCAAGAGACUGAACUUGGUAGCGAGAAACAGCAAAGCACUCAAAUCAUAACUACAUUCAAGAGGUGGAAUAGUGAACAACAAGCCACUAAUGAGAAGCCAAGACCUAAUAGGUCACUCAGUGAGAGGGGUCACAUACCUCUAGGAGAAGGUAGUAAAUAUUCAACCCUCCAUGUGCUUCUUCAUCGUACAUCUAGAAAGGAACCAUGAUCUGUAUGCAAAAGUUUCACCAGAAUAACAAUAGUUUUCACAUGAAAUAAUUGUUCUCAGACCUCGCAAAAGUAACUACUUCUCAAUAAUCACUGCAAUUACUUCUAGUGUUGCUAAUUCCUGUUGCCUUAUUUCUCCAGCCCUAUAAUCUGCCAAUUCACAUGAUCCAACCUCACUACUGGUACAAAGAAAGGAAAAGAACCAUUUAUACUUAAUAAAAUAAAUCAAGUUCAGGCUCCCAAAUACACAUUCUGCAAAAAUAUGUAUUUAAAAAAGUUCCUUGAGAUGGUUUUAAUUUUUAUGCCAGCCUGAUUUUCUUUUCUUUUCAAAAAUAAGUACAAACUAGCUAUUUUUUUUCCUCAUGUGUGUAGUGGGACUACAUAAAAACAACAGCUAAAAGAGAUAAAAUUUUGUAUUCCCACUUUGUUUUUCAAGGGCCAAUUACAAGUAGGUCUCAUCAUUUUAUAUACACCCAACCCCAAACAUAUUGAACAUGAAAUAUUGGGUGAUGAUAAGUCACAAAAGUUUAACAUGCAUAGAUGGCUUGUUGUUUGACAAAUUUGAUUCAUCAUUAAGACACUGCUAAUAAUAAUAAUACUUUUUGUUACAGAGGAACUGGUUUCAGUGGCUGUUUUGAGACAUAUCAAUGUAAUGGACCAUCUUAAAAAUCAUCUGGACAAGUCCGUAAGGGGCAUUAAAAACUGGAGAUACCUAGCAGAUCUUAAUGAUGUCCCCAUGGAGGAGCAGCUCAAAUGGGGAUUAGGUGAAGAUUAUUCUAGGUCUGAAAAGAUGUUUGAAGCUCUCACAUGUGCAAAUCCCAACCUCCACAUGAGUGUUCUGGUACAACAUCUGAAGGACCUAAACAUCAACAACGUGGCAGAUUACAUAGUAGCACUCAAACUUGAAGGUAUGUGUGCUCUUAGAUAAUAUGUAUUGUUGCACAGGUCCUUCAGACCCCCAUCAAUCAAAAAAUGGACAAUAGUGUGUUGGAUAGUGUUGGAUAGUGGAGUCCAUUUGGUUAUAGUACAUCACUAUUGGAUGGAAACUAAUCUGGAAGAUAGAGUUACUCUGUCUUUGAUCAAUUGGAGGCAAAGUCAGGUAAUGAGUACCUAACUUUGUCAGUGAUGUGUUAAUCAAGCGUCAACACCACCCCCCCCCUCCCCCCUUCCCCCCCAAAUCAGGGCAACUCCCAAGGAAUUUGAACUCUUGGAGAUUGAUUUGUUCAAAAUCCCGCCUCUGGGGUCAAAAUUGUGUUAAAAUGUCCCACUCAAGUGCAGGAUUAGAUUGUUAAUUAUUUUGGUACAAGGAAAGAUAAGCAACUGUGACUUUCUUGUAGACCUUUUCUUCAGUGCUACUUGCUUGCAAAAGUGAAUGUUUUACAAUUAAACACUUCCAUAUCAAACUGUAAAACACCUUUAUUCUGCUGGAAAGAGUUGACAGUUCAAAUUCUCCACCCCCUUGGCAUGGACAACUCCCUGAGUUGCCUAGGGGAAGGGGGGAUGUUGAAGCUUUGAAUUGAUAGGAAACCUAAAUACAUGCUGAAGGGUAGACUGUGAUAGACUGAUAAUUAUCUCAUAUAAAAAGGAUCAAUUGAACUCUAAGAAAGAAUAAGCUAGUUACAUAUUGUAGGACAUUAACUGAUCUUAAUUAUGUUUUCCUUGAGAAAUUUUAUGGAUUUGCCCCACUUAAUCAAUGAGACAAGAAAUGGACAGUAGUACACGGGCAUGCCUAAAUAUACCCAUCACCUUAAUGGCUGAAUAAUUGUUUACACAUAAAAGCUUCACAUGGAUGUUGUAUGAAAAAGAGGAUGCAACACUGCUUAUCAGAGGUUUUAUAUUACACUUUGGUUCGUAUGAACUCACUUGUACAUAACAUCUUUUUUUCCAUGAUAGCAAACAUGACAGUUGAAGAGUUUUUUGAAUCUCCAAAUCGAAACACCAUUGGCAAAGUCCUUAUGAUGCUGGAUUUAAUGGACAAAGAAAAAUGGUGGAGCCUGGGAAUUAAAAUUGAGUUGGAUGCUAAAAGUCUUAAGCGCAUUAAUGUCGACUGUAAAAAUCAACAGGAAGAUCCUGGAAGUCAUGUGAUUAACAUAAUUUCCACAUCACAACCCACAAUGAUCAUUGGUCAGUUCAAGAAAAAGUUGGAAAAUAUAGGACGUAAAGACAUUGCUGGGAAAUUGAAAAAGCUACCAGGUUUGUAAGCAUUUAUAACCAUAGGAAUAUGACUUGUUUUUGCUAAUAUGUUAGUAGGAUAAAAUAGCAUGCGUACACAGUGAUACACAUGAGCUUCCAUUCAAACAAUUGGUUCAAGUGUUGACACAUCACUCUGCCUCACAGCAGAGAUAUCCCAAGCUCACAUCUGGAGCAGAGCAAAAAAAGGCAAGUAUUAUUCAUUCAAAAAAGCAUCAAGUAUUGAGUGAUUCUGAUGGUGACUUUCCAGAAGACAUUGUCAUCCAUCUGUUUGACAAUCAAUCAAAGCAAAAGGCUGGUUUCAUUCAGUCACCACACUACUGACCACAACAAUUGAGUGAGGCAAGAUAUCACUAGUGAAAGUAUUUCUUUAUUAGGCCCCACUGGCUCAUGUGAAGAAAAACAUUGGACAAAAAUCCCUGUAUGAGGGCCCUAUGUGAUGGCAUGAGCAGGGACAUACAAAGCUAUAAAACCCUGCAAGCUGCAAGCUACAAGCUAAAAGACCAAAGGAAGAUAAAAAAUGCUCACUGAAUGAGUUAGGCUGUGCCACAUGGAAAAAUAUUUGCCUCUAGGUCAUGAUGCAAGGACAUCACUGCAUAAUGCAGUGAUCAAUUUGAAGCUAUAACAUCACCCCCUCCAGGCAACCCAUGGGCAUUUGGCUGCCAAUUGUGCCCUGUGGGGUGGGGAAUUUGAACUCUGCCUGGCUGAGGUGGGGAAUUUGAAUUGCAAGUACUAAGUCUUUUCAGAGGAAUAUAUGUUUUUAUCCUUUAAUAUGGAGGUUUUCAAGGUUAAGAGUUCACUUUUACAAGCAAACGGCUCAGGAGAAAAAGUCUGCAAGGUCUAGGUUUUAAAGCUUGGUCAAUCUGAAUGAAGUCACAGAGGCCUAUCUUUUCUGUAUUUUGAACAUAAUUUUGACCCCAGAGGCGGGAAUUUGAACGAAUCAAUCUACAAAAUUCAAACGCCCGGAGGUUGCUAGGGGAGGAAGGAAUAUUUGUUGGAGCUUCGAAUAUGAUAGACGCAAUGAGGUCAAAAGUACACACCUGUUUAAAAUGAAAUAUGGCCCAGCCUUUUUUCUUACAAUACCAAGCAAGUUCAUAACUUCACAUGAAUAGUUUGCGCUUUUUGUUUUCGUUGUAAAUUCGUCUGGACUUUAAAUCUGACCUUCAACCUUAGUUCAACUGAAUAAGCAGUUUAGAGUGAGUCGUGGUUAUUUUUUUGCUCGUGUAGUAAAAAAAAAAUACGAAUUUACACCGUGGUUGAAGCCGAUAUAAGCGUAUCUCAAGAUGAAAGUCACUACUUACCUUUUGCGUGGAUCGUUCAGUGUUUCUUGAAGUCUUUCCGAUACGAAGGUGACACAUACUGGAGCCCCAAACUCGUUCGUCGCACAAAUGUUCAUGUAAUUAUUUUGGCCGUAAACGAGACAGAAUCAGAAAUCCCUCGUAGGAAAACGCUGCACGGGCGCUACGAAGCAGUUUUUUUAGAUGGCGUAAAGCAAUGUGGUGGACAUAACCUGAGAACGAGGUUUGAGCUUUGGCAUCGAGAGAGUGUAAUCAGGCUUGACGUGCUGGGCCGCGCAUAAACGAUACCCAAACUUGUUACAGUUUACAAUUAUCUUUCGAGUUAAUUUAAAAUAUUUAUUUAAAGCACAAACCUAAUACUUUUAAUCGCUUUAAUUGUUAACGUACUAAUGAAAAACAACAACCACGGGAACGGUUAAAGGUUACUGGCUGAUUGAUUCAAUUUGAUUAAUUAAUUCAAUUAUUUUAUGUAAACAUUGGUGAAGGGAACGAUCAGUAGAUUACUUUAGCGGACGAAAAAACCAUGCUUUUCUGACAAAAAGAAAACUUGUGAAAGUCACUACCACAUAUCUUUAAUUUCAAUCAGUCAAAAAACUUGCGAUCCAUAAAAUGCCUUCUGUGGUAUAUCGUUCCGAGGCAGAAAACUUAUGAGGUUUGUUAUCAGAUGUAAGCGGGAGAAACCUUGUAAACAAAGAUCAUCGCGUUCAAAUGCGAAUAUUUAUUGAGCGACUGUGAGGCGAAACUUGACAUAAGAAUGGAAAAUAGGGGAAUUUGGCUCGUGCAGGUAGAGAAACAUUUUAAUCGCAGCGUUAAAAUUUGAUGAAUUUUGCAACCGGAAUUUUGAUAAACGCAGGCUUCCAUUUAAUACUGGUUUUGUGGAACGUCUGAGGUAUGCGUUUAUUAUUCUGCGGAGUUGGAUGGUUGCCAUCAUUCUGGAUUUCUCCGUGACUCAAGCUAAGUCACAAAGUGACUUAUUCCUUUUCUGUUAACUUUGCUGUGGUACUUACGUUAGUUCCCGCAUUUCAUCUAGCGAUUUUAGUGUUUCCAAUUUGUCAUGGCAUCAACUUGUUCUAAAGUCUUAAUCUCCAUGUUAAGUAAACAAUGAAAAGCACCCAACAGCGAUUUUUGCUAAAAACCGCAAUGCCUCCAAUUUGUUCCCUCUGAACCUCAAAUCCGGCCAGAAUGUAGACUAAAUGUCCUUGGAAAUUUCAUAGAAUGACAUUUCAAAGAAAAAUGAAUUAUAUAAACAUCCAUCAAAUGUCCUACGACAUGCGAUAUUUGGUGAAAAUGAGAAGAGUGAAUACAGAAAAAGUUACUAGGGAAGAUAAACCAUUCGGCCAAUCGAAGCGAACCUACUUUUCUUCUGAAAGAUGAUGAAAUCACGACCUACUUAAUAUAAGAUAAAUAUAUGAUUGGUCUUAUCGACUGAGUUAAUUGAGCAAAUUAGACAUCGACAUCUUGACCGUUUGACCUUCGAAUACUUAAGAUAAAUCAGCUUUCCUUUGUUAAAAGAAUGCUUAACGGAUGAAAGCAAAUCCACAACUGUAUCGGAAAUAAACCGGGAGUGAAAAUCAUUCAUGUGCGAAGGUCACUUAACCUUAUGUGUACUAGUAUAAAAGACAGUCUUCUUUUUUACGUUAGUAAUAAUGGUCCAUUAUUGUGAAAUCAACUCAUUUUUCAAUAGCUCUGAAAGCAAGGGCAGGAUACUUGAACAAGUAUUGUAUUUCAGCAGUUGUUAAUCCUUUAACUAGUCAAUGCUUUGAUUACAUGUCUUUUAACAGAAAAGGCCAUGAUCGGCAAGUUGCUUGACAACCUAGAAUUGGCCCGGGAAGUGACGUGCAUGCUCAAUCACUCUGCUUCUCCCGGAGUCAAAUACUACGAAGAUCUGGCUGCUGAGUGCGGAAUUCCAAGGGAAACGUAUGAAAGUCUGCAGCCGCCAUGUGCCGAUAGCCCGACACAGAAAACGAUUGAAGAAAUUGUCCAACGUAAACCAGACUUUACGGUGGAAGAGCUGUUCAAGAAUUUGAUUGACAUGGGGCGUUUGGACGUCAUAGAGGCAAUUAGGCCCUAUUACGAGGGUAAGAAAAUCAUAUUGUAAAGGAAAGAUGUAUAAUCACACCUUUUAUCUGGUUCAAACUUAUUGAUUAUCUUGUCAUAACAUAAGUUAUCCUCGAGCCUAAAUGACAAAUAUCACUGAUCUAGUUCAACAGGCUAAGCUUGAAAGCAAUUUGACUUUUGACCACACGUUUUGGUUAUUUCAGCGAAGUUUAGAAACAAAUACAGUAUUCAAGGUUGGAUUGAAGGAUAUGUUUAUCUCAUCUCCUCCCUUUCCCUCGUCCUCCCCACCCUACCAGCUUUUCCCAUCUUCAGUCCUCUCAAGGACCCUCGUUAAAUAGAAGUCAGCAAGUUGAGUUUGGUUUAUGAGUGCGCACAAGUAGCCCUGCGUCUCGAAAGUCAAUUGAAUUUGAAAUUUGAAUAAGAAGCCUUUAACAAUGAAUACAAUGCCUCCUGAAAUUAAAGCCUAGCUACUUUGUGUUACUUUGAAAAAAUUGUGAAACAGAUGACAGUUGUUCUGUUGGAUCUGAGAGUUUGGAGCUAUUUCGAAGCCGUUUUAGAUUUCGAGUUGAACAUUCAAUAAGAAAAUGUUUAUUUACUUUUUGGAAUUUUACUUGUUUAAAGUGCAACUCGAAAUCUUAUAAUCUUAAAACUGAAUUGAUGCGAAUCAACAUUGAGUGGAUUCAAAGGUUUUCCAACUGAACUUGAUUGCUAUCUUUGUUUUCUCACAUUUCAGAGAAAGACGUGUUGGCCUUGGAGAGAAAGCUGAGGAUUACGGAAGAGUGAGCAUUCACGUAAACAACAUUCCUGUUACUUGCCUGUAGUGCACAACGUACCUUGCAUAUGCUGACGUCGUUGAUCUAUCAAUCAUAGACAUGAAGUAAUUGUUUCAGGAUCUAAUUCAUUCAUUCAGUUAUUCAAUCAGUGUGUGUGGGGAGUCUUAAGAUAUCGCGUAGCAUGAAAUCAGUCUAGGAGAGUUUUACGUUAAGGGAUUUGUGAUUUUUUUGUGCGUGCUCCACGGGUACAAACUUUAGUUUUGCAUUUCGAGCCUUGAUGACUGAAAUUUAUGCUGGGAACUAUACUUUAUGCUUUGGAGACCUACCCUCUAAGCAGCUACAAACGUAGCCGCAGAAGCAAACGUACUAUUUACCGGCUCUAAAAAAGUAACUUUUGACCGUUAUUUCUCGAUGAGUCGAAGUAAAUCUUCAGAAGCAAUAUGCUGUAACUCAAAAGGAACAAGACGCCAUAGAAAUCCAACCAAAACUCCAUCACUACCCCUAUCCGUGUAGAAUUUAUUCAAAAGGAAGCUUCUCUUUAUCGAACUGAAGAUCGUCAACUUUCUUUAGCAGAUCCGGCAAGAAAAAUCCACAAACAUCACAGAAAUUACAAGCCAUUCAAAAUUUUUAAGCCACUUGGUAAGCCUAAUAAGCUUUUUGAGACUCCCAGCAUAACAUUUUAAUUACAAUAGAUGAAAUAUUGAUUGACACCUAAAUGAUAGAAACGCGAAAUACGUUACGGAGCGCUUCUCUUUACACGAGCCAUCUGAAUGGCUACCAUUUACACUUUUGUCGUUUCAUUUCGCUUACCCAAGUCGAGAAGCAUAGCUUUCAUUUUAUUUUUCUGCAGUUCAAACAAAAAAUUAACGAGCGGAAAUUUUUAUCGGUUAUACCGAUGGGUCCAAGUUUAUUGAAAUCGUUGAGACGUCGCCAUCUUGAAAUGAGCUUAGGUAAGAAUGAAGGUUGAAAUUGUAUCAGUUUAAUUUGAGUUCAUUUAUUCAUUUUUGGAGUGAAAAGUGACGUAGAUUUUAGUAUGCUGAAUCAUGAGUUGCAGGCUGUUUAGUUUAUAUCAUACAUUUAUUACUACCUUGUUAUGCAAUUACUGUAACAUAUCAAACUCAUGGGGUACAAAUAGUCUUAACAUGAAUGUAGUGACCACGCCCACUUCAACACCCCACUCAAAUCGAGUGUAAUUUUCGAAUGUUUUACCAUCGUGCGGAUUCUCUACGGAAAAAGCGCUCAAUGUACCUUUGAAAUAUUAAAUUAUAAUAUUGUGGCUUUCUAUUUCGCUAAUUUUCUAACUUGAAGGUAAAGUUUUUCCCUCGUCAUUUUUACCUUUUCUCCGAGCAGUUGCGUGAAAUUAACAAGGCGUUUUUGAUCAAAACACGACCGAGCGAAGGGUCUCGGGCGAUAUCUCUUUUACGCAGGCGCAAAUUAAAAAUGUCCGCCAGAAUCAAAAAGAGGAACAAAUUUCCUUUGUUUUGAUAUGUAAAGUGUCGGACAAAAAGCAGAUUUACCCUCGUCAAAUGGCGUUUCAAAACAGCUGUAUCUUCCUCCUUUUGAUUUUUUUCCUGUUUUGUAAAGCGCGAAAGCAGUAGGAGAGGGAUCGGGAAACUCAGAAAGCGCUUCGGGAUUAACCUGCCAUCGUUUACUUACAAGAUAAACAAGUAAGAUUU